AUGCAAUCUAAUUUGACUCAAAUCACCUCAAAGCUCUCAGCUUUGGUAAAAUCGGGUCUCAUACAAUGUGCCCGAAACCUGUUCGACGAAUUGCCUUACAGAGAUACAGUUGUCUGGAAUGCUAUGCUCACUGGAUAUUCCCAGUUGGGUUAUCACAAAGAUGCAAUUUUGUUGUUCUCCCAGAUGAGACUCAGCGACACCAGGCCCGAUAGCUACACAUUCACCUCAGCAUUGAGUGCCAGUGCGGGCUUAACAGACCUCCAAAGUGGGCAAAUGGUUCAUGCUUUGGCUGUUGUUCUUGGAUGCACCGCGUUUUUGCCGGUAAAUAAUUCUCUGAUUGAUAUGUAUGGAAAGUGCAAGAGCAGCUAUGAAGCUAGAAAAGUUUUUGAAGAUAUGGUUCUUAGGAAUGAAGUGUCUUGGUGCUCUUUAUUAUUUGCUUAUGUAAAUGCUGGUCAUUUUGAUAUGGCUAAUAGUGUGUUCUCCACUAUGCCAAAAAGGGUUCUUGUUGCUUGGAAUACUAUGAUAUCUGCUCAUGCAAAGGCCGGCGAAGUCGAAUUAUGUUUUGAACUUUUCAGGAAGAUGUUAGAGGAUGUUGUCAGGCCAGACCAGUGCACGUUGAGUGCCCUGAUGAAUGCUUGUGCUGAAGGGAGUGAUAGUUCUUAUGGUUCUAUGAUGCAUGCGUUCAUUUAUAAAAGCGGUUGGAGCUCGGCAGUCGAGGUGAGCAACUCGAUUAUUAGUGCGUACACGAAAUUCGGCAAUCAAAAUGAGAUUUUGAAGAUUCUUCAGUGCAUUGGAGCUUUGAAUCAAGUGUCGUGGAAUGCUAUCAUUGAUGCUCAUAUGAAGACUGGAAACAGCCAAGCCGCGUUUCAGGUUUUUCAGCAGGCGCCUGAGAAGAAUGUGGUUUCAUGGACAUCAAUCAUUGCUGGAUUUGCGAGAAACGGAAAUGGGGAACAAGCCAUUAGCUUCUUUGUCAAGAUGAUCAGAAGUGGUCUUGAGCCGGAUGACUUUACAUUUGGGGCUGUUUUGCAUGCUUGUUCGAGCUUAGCCACCCUAGCCCACGGUAAAAUGGUUCACGGUUGUGUGAUUAAAUCAGGGUUCUAUUGCUAUAGUUAUAUCGGCAAUGGUUUGCUGAACCUGUAUGCUAAAUGUGGGAAUAUAGUUGAUUCAUGCUUUGUAUUUAGUGAAAUUCUUGUGAGGGAUUUAGUCUCCUGGAAUACAAUGUUGAUCGCACUUGGAUUGUAUGGUUUGUCUAGCCAAGCUUUUCUGCUCUUUGAGAAAAUGUUAGCUUCUGGUUUGAAACCCGAUAAAGUAACCUUCAUCGGUCUAUUGAUGACUUGUAGUCAUUCAGGACUUAUAAAGAAAGGCCGUGCUAUAUUUGAAUCAAUGACUGCUGUUCAUGGUAUCUCCCCAGAUAAUGAUCAUGUCGCUUGCAUGGUUGAUAUGUUGGGAAGGGCCGGCCAUCUGAAAGAAGCCAGAGAAAUGGCGAAGAAAUACUCAGAUGAUCUGGGCGACAGGAUCAGCUCAUAUGAGGUACUAUUUGCAGCAUGUUCUGGUCAAGGUAACACAGAAAUGGGAGGAGAGCUGAGUGAGCAACUGCAGAUUCUUGAACCGACAAACGAGAUGAGUUAUGUGCUGCUAUCCAACAUGUAUUGUGCAAGUGGACAGUGGAAAGAAGCUGAGAUGUUGAGAAGAGAAAUGGCUAAUCAGGAAGUGAAAAAAUUGCCUGGAAUCAGCUGGAUUGAGCUGAAGAAUGAGAUGGCAUAUUUCUUUGCAGGGAUACAAUCAAAUGCAGAAAUGAGAGAGUUCAGUGAUGUCUUGUCCAUUCUUGAGUCUGAAAUGAGACACCCAAUUUCCAUGCCUUGCCUGGGAUGA